AUGGAGGCCGUGAGAAGGCUCAUCCCUUUGGCCCUUUUAAUUGUGUCAUGUUUGGCAGAGCUGAACUCGACCGAGUCAGAAGGCAAAUCAAGCUGUCGGGCCAACCUGGGAGGUAUCAGCCAGACCGAGAACCAUAAAGCUCUGAUCCUGCAACUCAAUCCCAAAGACAACUGCACCUGGACUGUGGAAAGCCCAGAAAACAAAAGUAUCAGAAUCAUCUUUUCCUACUUACAGCUUGAUCCAGAUGGAGGUUGUGAAAGUGAAAACAUUGAAGUGUUUAAUGGAAACUCCACCAAGGCGUCUCUGCUGGGGAGAGUCUGCAGCGCAAAUGACUACGUCCCUGUGUUCGAAUCGUCGUCCAACACACUGACAGUUCAGAUAGUCACCGACUCCGCAAGAAUUCCAAGAAGUGUCUUCAUCUUCUACUACUUCUUCUCUUCUGGCACCUCUAUUCCAGACUGCGGUGGUUACCUGCACACUUUGGAAGGCUCCUUUACCAGCCCCAACUACCCAAGGCCACAUCCUGAGCUGGCCUAUUGUGUGUGGCACAUACAAGUGGAGAAAGGUUACAAGAUAAAACUAAACUUCAAAGAGAUUUUCCUAGAAGUGGAUGAACACUGCAGAUUUGAUUUUGUGGCUGUCUAUGAUGGCUCCUCCACCACCUCGGGCCUCCUUGGACAGGUGUGUGGUCGCGUGAGGCCCACCUUCGAAUCCUCGUCAGACUCCUUGACCGUCGUGCUGUCUACAGAUUACGCCAACUCCUACCGGGGAUUUUCUGCUUCCUACACUUCAAUUUAUGCAGAAAACGUCAAUACUACAUCUUUAACUUGCUUCUCUGACAGGAUGAGAGCUAUCAUAAGUAAAUCCUACCUGGCAUCACUUGAAUACAGUGAGAAUAGCUUACAACUAAACAACUCAACUUGCAGACCCAGAAUAUCAAAUGUGGUGGAAUUUUCUAUCCCUCUUGAUGGAUGUGGCACAAUAAAAAAGAGAUGUAUUCAAGACGAGACUUGUGAGGUAUAUCCAUUAUCUGAACACUAUGGAAGAUUCCAGUUUAAUGCCUUUAAGUUCUUGAGAAGUCUGAGCUCUGUGUAUCUCCAGUGUAAGGUUUUGAUAUGUAAUAGCGGCGACCAUCAGUCCCGCUGCAGCCGCGGCUGUGUCUCCAGAGGGAAACGAGACAUUUCCUCAUACAAAUGGAAGACUGACUCUGUCAUAGGGCCCAUCCGUCUGAAAAGGGACCGAAGUGCAAGUGGCAGUUCGGGAUUCCAGGAUCAAAUACAUGGAGAAGAAACUCAGAAUCAACCUUUCAACAGUUUGCAUCUGUUUUCAUUCAUGGUCCUUGUUCUGAAUGUUGUGGUUGUGGCUAUAGUCACAGUGAGGCAUUUUGUAAGUCAGCGAACAGGCUACAAAUACCAGAAGCUGAAGGCCUGUAAUGAAGGGGCUCAGCCACAGUGAGACAUUUCUCCUGAAUGCCAAGGAAGCCCUAUCUCCUGGCUAUAUGCAUUAUGAAUAAAUUAGGGGCGCCUCAUAAAAUUGAUAUACAGACCCUCCUGUCAACGUGGUCACUGUGUUUCCUUGUAGUAUAAAUGAAAUGACCAGACAUUAUAUAAGUUACUGUCAUGUUAAAGGACUGAAGCCACCAAAAUAUAAAAUGAGUUAAAAACAUCCUUUUUCAUAAACAUAAAACGUUUUAAGUAAAC